AACUGCCAGCCGAGACCACGGGCUUAAGGGCUGAGGCAGAAGGAGGGAAGGACUGGGAGACAGGUCAGAGGGAGAGAGGCUUGGGAAGCAGAAAAGAAAUUGCUCAUCACACUUACAGAGAGGCAAAUGAAGGUGGAGAUGAGGACAGAGACAACACAAUGAAAGCCAACAAAUGCAAAUAGAGCGAGAGAGGCAAAAUGCCAAGAAGAAUAUCCAUCAAGAGAAAUGAAGAUAAUGAAAGUUUUAUGCUGCAGAGCCGUUCUGUGCUUUUCCGGCACAAAAUUCUCUAGUUGUUUUUAAGCCCUUUUGCAUUUGCCAGCCGUUUACAUUGAGGCAUGUUCAGCGGUGCCAGCAGCAUCUCCUUUUCCUUCUCUUUCUCUUCAUCUUCCUCCUCCUUCUCUUCCUCUUUUUCCUCCUCCUCCUUCUCCUCCCAUCAGCAAGAAGACAAACCGAGGACAGUCUUGAAAUACCGAGAUUUCCUCCUUGGGAUUUGCCAGCGCCGCGUUGCGCCAAGACUGUCGGAAUAAAGGACGCUGACUAUUGUACUAUUAUUUUAUUAAUCGGUCAGUGGGAAGAUUACAGAUGAGGAAAGGGGACGCCUGUCACCCCUCCUGCGCUAAGAUUGAAAAAUGAGGAUGAAUUGGGGAAGCCCUAAAAUGAAGCAAAAGGAAUAAGAUUUUUAAGGACAGAAAGCCACAGGAGCCCCACACAUAGCGCACUUUUGUUUGGGUUUUUUUUUUUUUUUGAGAUUUUUUUUUUUUUCAUAGUGGUGGGGGAGGUGUUCGGUGACUGACUGGCUGCGGGAAGCUGCUUCCUUUCCCUUUGGAGAUGAUUGUGUUAUUAUUCUUUGCCUUGCUCUGGAUGGUAGAAGGAGUCUUUUCCCAGCUCCACUACACGGUGCAGGAGGAGCAGGAACAUGGCACUUUCGUGGGGAAUAUCGCUGAAGAUCUGGGCUUGGACAUUACAAAACUUUCGGCUCGCAGGUUUCAAACGGUGCCCAACUCUAGGACCCCUUACUUGGACCUCAAUCUGGAGACCGGGGUGCUGUACGUGAACGAGAAGAUAGACCGCGAGCAAAUCUGCAAGCAGAGUCCCUCUUGCGUCCUGCACCUGGAGGUCUUUCUGGAGAACCCCCUGGAGCUGUUCCGGGUGGAGACCGAAGUGUUGGACAUCAAUGACAACCCUCCCUCCUUCCCGGAGCCGGACCUGACGGUGGAGAUCUCUGAGAGCGCCACGCCAGGCACCCGCUUCCCGUUGGAGAGCGCAUUCGACCCAGACGUAGGCACCAACUCCUUGCGCGACUACGAGAUCACCCCCAACAGCUACUUCUCCCUGGACGUGCAGACCCAGGGGGAUGGCAACCGAUUCGCGGAGCUGGUGCUAGAGAAACCUUUGGACCGAGAGCAGCAAGCGGUGCACCGCUACGUGCUGACCGCGGUGGACGGGGGAGGAGGGGGAGGAGGAGGAGAUGGAGGGGGAGGCGGCGGGGGAGGCGGCCUGCCCCCCCAGCAGCAGCGCACCGGCACUGCCCUACUCACCAUCCGAGUUCUGGACUCCAAUGACAAUGUGCCCGCUUUUGACCAACCCGUCUACACUGUGUCUCUACCAGAGAACUCUCCGCCGGGCACGCUUGUGAUCCAGCUCAACGCCACAGACCCAGAUGAGGGCCAGAAUGGCGAGGUCGUGUACUCCUUCAGCAGCCACAUUUCGCCCCGGGCACGGGAGCUCUUCGGACUCUCCCCGCGCACCGGCCGGCUGGAAGUGAGCGGCGAGCUGGACUAUGAAGAGAGCCCAGUGUAUCAAGUGUACGUACAAGCCAAAGACCUGGGCCCCAACGCCGUGCCCGCGCACUGCAAAGUGCUAGUGCGAGUGCUGGAUGCUAACGACAAUGCGCCGGAGAUCAGCUUCAGCACUGUGAAGGAGGCGGUGAGCGAGGGCGCGGCGCCCGGCACAGUGGUGGCCCUGUUCAGCGUGACCGACCGCGACUCAGAGGAGAAUGGACAGGUGCAGUGCGAGCUGCUGGGGGAUGUGCCGUUUCGCCUCAAGUCUUCCUUCAAGAACUACUACACCAUCGUGACCGAGGCCCCCCUGGACAGAGAGGCGGGGGACUCCUACACCCUGACCGUGGUGGCUCGCGACCGGGGCGAGCCGGCGCUCUCCACCAGUAAGUCCAUCCAAGUGCAAGUAUCAGAUGUGAACGACAACGCACCGCGGUUCAGCCAGCCGGUCUACGACGUGUAUGUGACCGAGAACAACGUGCCUGGCGCCUACAUCUACGCGGUGAGCGCCACAGACCGCGAUGAGGGCGCCAACGCCCAGCUAGCUUACUCUAUCCUCGAGUGCCAGAUCCAGGGCAUGAGCGUCUUCACUUACGUGUCCAUCAACUCCGAGAACGGCUACCUGUACGCCCUGCGUUCCUUCGACUACGAACAGCUCAAGGACUUCAGCUUUCAGGUGGAAGCCCGGGACGCCGGCAGCCCCCAGGCGCUGGCUGGCAACGCCACUGUCAACAUCCUCAUCGUGGAUCAGAACGACAACGCCCCGGCGAUCGUGGCGCCCCUGCCAGGGCGCAACGGGACUCCGGCGCGUGAGGUGCUUCCCCGCUCGGCAGAGCCGGGUUACCUGCUGACCCGAGUGGCCGCAGUGGACGCGGACGACGGCGAGAACGCCCGGCUUACCUACAGCAUUGUGCGGGGCAACGAAAUGAACCUCUUUCGCAUGGACUGGCGCACCGGGGAGCUCCGCACAGCGCGCCGGGUGCCGGCCAAGCGCGACCCCCAGCGGCCUUACGAGCUGGUGAUCGAGGUGCGCGACCACGGGCAGCCGCCUCUGUCGUCCACGGCCUCUCUGGUGGUGCAGCUGGUGGAUGGCGCUGUAGAGCCCCAGGGAGGGGGCGGGGGCGGUGGGGUGGGGUCCGGGGAGCACCAGCGCCCCAGCCGCUCCGGUGGCGGGGAGACCUCUUUGGACCUCACCCUCAUCCUCAUCAUCGCACUGGGCUCGGUGUCCUUCAUCUUCCUGCUGGCCAUGAUAGUAUUAGCAGUGCGCUGCCAAAAAGAGAAGAAGUUCAACAUCUACACGUGCCUGGCCAGCGAUUGCUGCCUCUGCUGCUGCUGUGGCGCCGGGGGCUCGACCUGCUGUGGACGCCAAGCGCGGGCGCGCAAGAAAAAACUCAGCAAGUCCGACAUUAUGCUGGUGCAGAGCUCUAACGUCCCCAGUAACCCGGCCCAAGUACCCGUGGAGGAGUCCGGGGCCUUUGGCUCCCACCACCACAACCAGAAUUAUUGCUACCAGGUCUGCCUGACCCCUGAGUCCGCCAAGACAGAUCUGAUGUUCCUUAAGCCCUGCAGCCCUUCGCGGAGUACGGACACUGAGCACAAUCCCUGCGGGGCCAUCGUCACAGGCUACACAGACCCGCAGCCCGACAUCAUCUCCAACGGAAGCAUUUUGUCCAACGAGACUAAACACCAGCGAGCAGAGCUCAGCUAUCUAGUUGACAGACCUCGCCGAGUUAACAGUUCUGCAUUCCAGGAAGCCGACAUAGUAAGCUCUAAGGACAGUGGCCAUGGAGACAGUGAACAGGGCGAUAGUGAUCACGACGCCACCAACCGCGGCCAGUCAACUGGUAUGGAUCUCUUCUCCAAUUGCACGGAGGAAUGUAAAGCACUGGGCCAUUCAGAUCGGUGCUGGAUGCCUUCUUUUGUCCCUUCCGAUGGACGCCAGGCUGCUGAUUAUCGCAGCAAUCUGCAUGUUCCUGGCAUGGACUCUGUUCCAGACACCGAGGUGUUUGAAACUCCAGAAGCCCAGCCUGGGGCAGAGCGGUCCUUCUCCACCUUUGGCAAAGAGAAGGCCCUUCACAGCACUCUGGAGAGGAAGGAGCUGGAUGGACUGCUGUCUAAUACACGAGCGCCUUACAAACCACCAUAUUUGACACGGAAAAGGAUAUGCUAGUCAAUUCUACAGGACUUAACCUGAAGCAGCAUGAUUUGCACAAAGUCGACCAACAAAAGCAUCAACUUUUCAACUUCAUUAUCUUGGCCAUCCAGUUAGUCGUGUGUACCUAAGUAUUAGACCGCCGGAGUCACCAUGGCCAGUUAUGGGACCUAAUUGCUCUCAGCAGGCCUGAGAAAUGAGUUGAAAGUGCAGAACUGUAGAAACUUUAGAGGCAACUGAUUUUGCCUCUCCGAUCAGUGUGUGCCUGUUUACAGCACUAUAUAUCUUUCUCUCUCCAAAUGUCACUGAGCCCUUUAGAUGUUUAUAUUUACCACGAGAAGCCAGUCAUAAAGAUAAAGGAAAUUUGUGCAUUAUAAAUGCAAUAUCACUGUUUUAAACUUGACUGUUUUAUAUUAUUUUUGUGUGAUCAAGUGUUCCCCAAACUAUUCCAACUUUACAACAGAGAUUGUGAUUCUGUUCUUUUCACCUGUGGGUUAUAAAAAAUGUUGUAUUCUGAAGACCCACAAAAUAUCAAAGACAUUCUGUAGUUUAUACACCGUGUGACAAAGUGUUUACUGUACUAUUUCAAAGCUUCUAAAUAAAUAUAAAAUAUAUAUAUAUAUUAUAUUAUAUAAUUUUCCUAAAAUAUGGUACAACUCAGUUGGUUUUUAAAUGGAUUCAUAUGGUCCACAUCAUACAAUAAAAUAAAAGGCAAUUCAGGGUCCCAAAGAUAAACUUACUAAGAAAAAGUAAUCAUUAAUAGUUUCCUCCCAAUUUUCAUAUUUUAUUCAACCCUGUUUUUCCUUGUUUAAAAGAAAAUGAAGCUCUAAGCUGCAAAAUUUUGUCAAGAACUUCUACUAAAUUUUCAAUGCCAAAGAUGUAGCUGUCGAUGUUAUCAGAGGAGCACCAGACAUGUACUAUCAAAAUAUCUAACAAUCUACAUUAUUUCGAUUCUAUUUCUAUGGCUUUGAACUUAGAAUCACUUAAAACUUUUAUAAAGAAUCUAUAAAUUCACCUGUAUUUGUUGUUAGAAACAAACGAACAAACGCUGGGUGUCUGUACAUUUUGUGGUGUAAAAUAUGUAAUUGAAAUUACUAUUUUAAGAAGUCCUCAAUCAUAUAACUCACACAGAAUUUUAUUUUACAUAGUUUUAUGUAGUUUUGUGACUCAGUAACACAUGAAUAUAAAAUCUAUUUAUAACUCUAUAUGAAUAUAUAGAGAUAUAUAAAUAUAUGAUCUGGUAAAGAAUAACUUAAAGACAUAAAGGAUCUCUAAAUUUAAAAUAAAUUUUAAAAAUUUGGAGAUAGAAACAUGGCACAUUAUUGCUUUAGUAUUAUCUUACAUGUGAAAAUUUUAUGGCUUAAAUGUAGUCAGUGUUUUAUUAAUGAGAAAAUUCUUCAUGAGUCAGCUUUGAAAAGUUAAGGCUAUAUUUUAUGUCAGCAAGGUUAAUGAUUAAAUUCAGUAAGAUGUAUUUUCCUUUCUUUUACAUAAUUUUUUUUUCUACUGUUGUUUAGUGCUUGUUGAAACACAACUAAGAGAAGGAAAAAAUCAGAGAAUGUGAGAUGAUCUGAGUAAAAAACAAUUGCCACAGCUCUCCUUUGAUAAGGCUUUCACAUUACAUUUAAAUGUUUGCCCAAUUCAAAUUACAGAUCUGUUUUGAAAUAUCUCCCUUAAUGUUUAACUGAUCUUCCAUCCAGUGAUAGUUUGAGUCUUUCUAUGUUAUAAAACAGCACACUAAAACAUAACACAUAAAUGUUUUCCACCUAAACUUUUGGUCAUUUAAAUGGGAAUAUUUUCCUUAGAUUUAACAUUAAAAUACAUACAUAUAUUCAUGAGUCCUUGAUGUGUAUAUUUUGAGUGAUAUCUUGGUAUUACUCAUUUACUUACCAAUUAUAGUAUUUUUAUGUUAUGUAAUAUGUGUAAUGUUCCAAUCUUUUGGGGCUCCUUUAAAAAUAUGUGAAGCUAAUCCAUCAUGUAUGACACAAAAAGCACAUACAUUCAUUAAAUACAACAGUAACAUUUUCUCAAACUUUUGGCAUUACUACAUUCAUAUUUGGAAUGAUAAAUUAUUUUAGUAAGGCAAUGUUUCUAUGUAAUUUAAAUGGAAAAUGUCUAUUUUUAUUGCUUUUUGAACAAGAACAUCAUUUUCUUGUUGAAUCACUGUUUUAAUUAAAACCCUUCAUUUAUCAUUUUACAAUUAUGGGUGAAAAUACACAUCCAUCUGCCUCAUUACAUGCAUUGAAAAUAAGGCUAUACUCACUUCAUAUAUAAUAGCUAUACUAAUUCAUUUGACUUUAAUAAAUUUUCUUUAUUUAGCCCUUAAUAUCAUUGUAUAUAUCUCCCUUGAACAAACUUCUGAUAUGAUAUAUGUAUUAGUUUUUUUAUAUAUCAUGGUAGCCAGUUAUACUGAUUUGCAUUUUAAUCUUAAAUUUUAUCAUCAAUCUACAAAAAGGAAAGAAAGACAAAACUUUUACCUAAUUUGUGGGACAAAUAUAAUUAUUUUAACAUAAAGUAUUAACUGGUUUGGUUAUUAAUAUAUUCUCUGUUGCAUCCAGAAGAAGUCAGAAGUUACAGCAGUGUGAAUGUAUGAUUUUAGUAAGUUGGUUAAAAGGGAGACUGUAAAAUGGAAAAUUGCAACCAACUAAACCUAAAAAGGUUUACAAACAUUUAUUAGAUUAGUAUGCAAAAAAAUUAUAGAAUAGCUUUUCUAUUUAAUGUAGUCAUCCUAAUAUCCAAGCUUUCAUAAUUUUAUACAUUUCAAAGAGAAGUAAUAUUUAAAUUAUUACUACUUCAUCAGGAAAUUAUUUCAGAAAAGAAUAAUCAUGACAUUUACUCCUUGUUAACACAGUUUUAGAGUAGUAAGAAGUCAAAAUAUUUUCCUGCGGAAACAGUGUUAAUGUUUCAAAGGUAUGUUAAACGACAAUUUUAGAAAUAUUUUACCCACAUAAAAUUCUAAUUUUUAACUUGUGAAUAUAAUUUUGUGAAAUCAUCUUAAAUCAAAUAUUUAAAUGCCACAUCAGAAUUACUUUACAGACAAUAUCACUUUAAGUGUAUCAUCUUUCUUGGGAAAUAUUAAGGAAAUAUGUAUGUUUAAUUUUGUGAAGAUAUUAAAUGCAAUGCCUUUAUCAAACAUUGCAAAUUAAGUACUAUAGUAGAAGACUUAAAUAUUUUAGUUACUUAGUCUCCUGUUUCAGUUCUUACAGCGUAACCAUUUGCUCUCAGAUCUUCUGUAAUGUAAAAACCUCCUGCUUCUCCAAUAAGAGGAGGGAAAAGAAAUGUAAACAAUUCUUGACAUAAAUUUUAGUAACUGUAUAUUAACUGUGCCAUUUUACCUUCCAAAAGUUAUUUACUGUAGUAAAGUUAAUCUUUAAUACAAUUACUCAGAAUAUUGGAAAUGUUAAGCAGGACAAAGAAAAUUAUUCAUGUUACUGACUGAUAAUGGCAUUGUUAUUUGUCAUCGCAUGUGGUUUUCUUCCUUCCCCUCGUAUUUCUAUGUGUGCUUUUAAUACCCAAGGAACUCGAAAGUCCCUAAAACAUUGGUAUAUUUGAUAAUUUUUCUGAAAAUCUUAUAUUUUUCGUAUUCCAAUUUAUUGGGUUCUUUAUCUUUUUCAACCCUAAUUUUAUAGUGGUAAAGGCUUUGCACUUAACAUCCUUUUUAUUUUCCUUUUUAACAAGGAAAAACAGAAAAUGACAAAAUUCCAUAAUUUUUAUGCCAUGGAGUAGUAAAAUUAUUUUAUAUAUUGUUAGCACUUCAAGGAAUAUCCCUCUACUAGGUCAAACAAAAUCCUUAUACAGUAUUUGUGAAACUACUGUUCAAUAGUGUUCUUUUUUUUUCUUCUGAAACGGCAUAGACUUUAGAUUAUAGCAUUCUAUGAGAAUGCCCAUAGAUGGGUGCCGCCAGAGUAUUGCAGGCAAUAAUAUGACUAACAUUCUAAUACCUUUAGUGUACAUGCAUGUAUUUCUAACCACUGUUAUUUUUCAAGUAUUUGUAAAAUUAGAAGAAUCACUCUUAUUUCUUGAAAACUUGUCACAUGCUUAGUUUGAAGUUUUAUACUCCAGAUGUUCUUGAGUUGCAUGAAAACAUUGCAUUACUUAUGCAAAAAUACAAAAUUUUCAUGAGACUCAAAAAUUUCUGAGCGAUAGAACUCAGACUUCAGUACAUCCAUACAUCCUUGAGCUGAAAGUCAGCAGGGAAUUUCAGCUCCAAACACAUUUUUGAGACAGUUAUCUGUGAGUGAAAACAGGGUAUUAUAACAAAAGAUGAGUUUAAAUCUUAACUACAGUGUUUGUUACUGUGACUGCUAUAGUAAUACAUAAGUAAAUGAGUGUAAAUGUAAUAUUUUAUUUUAUACUGCUGUAUACAUAUGAAAUAAAUAAAAUUAGGAUACAUAUUAUGCCAUUUUUCCAUGCAUGGGUCUUCCACUGACGCCUGUCGGAGCUUUGAAUAAAAAUCAGUGGCAAAAUAUGGCCCUAAGUUUAAAAACAACUAAUGCUGAUUUAGUAAUUUUAGUCUUAAUAUAACAGGUCUAAGGGGACAUCUGUUCAAAACUGAGUCUCGUUUGAAGCAACAUAUGCUAGGUUUAAAGGAUUUCACUAUAUUUGUAAUUUUGAAAGUGAGCAUUUAGUUCCAUAUGAUUUUCACGAUACCCACAAUGAAUAUUUUAAAAAUAUAUUUUUCCACCUAAUGCUAUAUUUUCUUUUCUUUUUUAUUUGUAGUAAUACCAAGGGUCUACAAAGAUUAACAUAGUGGUUGUAUAUGGGAUAUGAAUGCCUUCAAACACUAAAAAAAAACAAUUUAUCUAAAAUUUUAGAAAUAAAUUAAUUCACAUUUAAAAUUGAUGGAUACAAAAGAAAAAAUAAAAUUCAUAUGGGUAUCAUUUUCCAAGAAGAAAAUAUGAAUUAACUAUGACAUAAUUUUUUAUAAUGUAAAAAUAAUCUGAGUAAAAUUUACAGAAAUUUACAUUCUGAAAUAGCAAAAAGCUAAUAGAAGAAAUUUCUUUAUUCUCAUAUGUGGUUUGUAUAACUGAUUUUAUUAAGUUCAGACUACACAUAUCUGGACAUGGGUUCAUUUUAUGAAGCAAUAAGGAAGAGGACUAGGUAUUUUUGUUGCUUUGAACAUGUAUAAAGGUAACCCUAUCAUGGGAAAGAACUAAACCAAGUGUACAGGAAUGAUAGUUGCCAAUGAAAUGUUAACUGCAAGUUACUUAGUUCCCCUAGAUCUGUAACUCUUAUCAUUGACUUUUCCCCUUUCUGGGAAUCAAUCAUGGAUUCUGCUAUUUAACCAA